GUGUAUAUAUUAAGGCAAGACUUGUGGGAGUCGGAAGCAAUAGCAUCCGGCUUUUAUCAUCCUUACCGCUUUCGGAGAAGUCGUUCCAUCCACCACUGGAGUGUUCAUCCACCGCUUGACCGAGGAGGGUGCGCGAGGCCACCGCGUGAAGUCGGUUGAAGGGAGGGAGCGCGAGAUUCGAGGACGCGACGAACUGUACGCAAGGUAGAAAGGCGAGGAGGCGGAGUGCGGAGCUGAAGACCACGAUCAUGGCGCGCUCUGUGAAUGGUGUGGCGAGUAUGGCGGCCUUGCUUCUGGUCGCGGUUGUGUGUGUUGCGGUCCCCGCACGAGCGCAGCCUCCGUUGGUGACCAUCGACUCUGUCACCUUUACGGGCUCGGGCUGCAACUGGGGGAACACCAACUACGUGCUGUCGAACGACUAUAAGGUCCUAACCGUCAUGUUCGGCGGGAUGAUUGCCACGACGGACUCCGGGCUGGCGGGCAAGCGGAAGAACUGCCAGAUCUCGCUGGGCUUGAAGUAUCCCGACGGGUUCAGCUUCACGCUGGGGAAGGUGACGGGCCGCGGCUUCGCCGACAUUGGUAACAGCUCCACGGGCACCUAUCAGACGAGCUACUACAUUUCGGGACAAACUGGGACGUCGUACGCGACACGCACGAUCCAGGGCAAGUUCACUGGCAACUACGAGUUCACGGACAUACUGCCGAGGAUCAUCUGGAGCAACUGCAACAAUGCUCCCAACCUCAACAUCAACUCGGAGGUGCGAGUGGAUGGAAAGAAGGCCGUUAUGACGCUCGACUCCUCGGAUCAGAAAUUCAAGCUCCUGUUCAGCAUCGACUGGCUGGCCUGCUGAUCAGGCCCUCACUGCACUCGUCGUGUACGGGUUGUCGUCCGCCGGGCGGAGUCGUUUCGAAAAUCCGGUCUGGCAAGCACACAGAGAAGACGACCGUCCUUCUUCUCGUCUAGUGGAGACUGCGCUUCGUAAUGUUUCGUUGUCCUCUAGAGAGUAGCGGGUAGUAGCGAGGGCAGACGGUCCUUGGUUUUUGUCGGAGCGAGCGGGGAUGUGUGCUUCGCGAGCUUAGCAAGGUCGCCGGUUGCUGUGGGUGGUACCACCAGUCAUCAAAUGUAUAUCCUUCGUAUGCUUACGUAACGACUGUUAGCGAAGAUGAUGUCGGGCUUUUAUCAGAUCUUUCGGCUAGUACGCAAAAAGUGUGAACAUGUUUGGUGUAACAAUAGCUGCUCAUCCCGCAGGCAGGAGUCGUAGCAAUCUCUCUCUCUCUCUCUGUCUCUCUCUGUCUCUCUGUCUCUCUCUCUCUCUCUCUCUCACACACACACAGACACACACACACACUCUUUCGCUCGCUCGCUCACCCGCUCACUGUCUCUCUCGGGAAACUCCUCUCGACCUCUCAGAGGAAAUGUUCGACACCAUGGGCACGACCUUCUUUGUUGUGUUCUUCGACACCCCUGUUUUGAGCAAAUUUAUA